AUGACUUCUCCAAAGAUUCAAAAAGAAAUUGUGAGUGCAUGUAAAAUAGAGACCGUUAAAGUUAUUCUUGAUAAAUUAAAUGGUGAUUACUUUGCCUUGCUCGUUGAUGAAUCCUUUGAUGUGUCACGCAAGGAGAAAAUGGCUAUUGUAUUUCGAUAUAUUGAUAGAAAGGGAUUUGUGAUGGAGCGACUUAUUGACAUUGUUCAUGUUCAAGAUACUAGUGCUCCAUCUCUAAAGGAGGCAAUUAUUACUUUACUCGCUCAACAUUCUUUGAGUCCAUCAAGUGUGCGUGGACAAUGUUAUGAUGGGGCAAGCAAUAUGCAAGGUGAGAUCAAUGGCCUUAAAAUGUUGAUUAGGCAAGAAAGUAGAUCGGCUCAUUCCAUCCAUUGUUUUGCUCAUCAACUUCAACUAACUCUUGUUAGGGUCUCUAAAAAGUGUGUUGAAGUGGGAAAACUUGUAGUAUUGGUCUCAAAUAUUUUAAAUGUAUUGGGAUCAUCUUUUAAACGUAUGGAUGAAUUACGUGAUUCUCAAAAAGAAAUAAUUAAAGAGGCAUUAGAUAUGGGUGAACUUACAACCGGUAGGGGCUUGAAUCAACAACUUGGUCUUUCAAGAGCUUAUGACACUCGUUGGGGAUCUCAUUAUAAAUCCUUUAAUAAUUUUAUUAUUAUGUUUGGAUCUAUUCUUGAUGUUCUUGAAUCACUUGCUCUUGAUGCACGAAAUUUGGAUGAAAGAGCUAAGGCAAUGGGACAUCUCGAAGCUUGUCGAACAUAUGAGGUUGCUUUCAUGUUGCAUUUGAUGAGAGAUGUUUUAGGAAUUACAAAUGAGCUUAAUAAAUGCUUACAAAAAAAGGAGCAAUAUAUUGCAAAUGCCAUGCUACUUGUUGAAGUAGCAAAGAGAAGGUUGCAAGUUUUAAGGGAUGAUGAAUGGGACUCUCGUAUUGCUAAGGUAUCUACAUUUUGUAUCCAACAUGAUGUUUUGAUACCUAACUUUGAUGAGCCAUAUAUUAGCUCUUUAAGAUCACGACGAAAGCUUGCUAACUAUACAAUCUCACAUCAUUAUCGUGUUGAAGUGUUUUGCAAUAUUAUUGAUUGGCAACUUCAAGAACUUAAUAAUCGUUUUGAUGAGGUGACUACCGAUUUGCUCCAUGGAAUUGCUUGCUUGAAUCCAAUUAACUCAUUUUCAAGUUUUGACAUCAAAAAAGUAAUGAGAAUGGCGGAAUUAUAUCCAGAUGACUUUGAUGAAUCUAAUAUGAAUGCUCUUAGGAAUCAACUUGUAAGUUAUAUUGUUGAUGUUCGUGAUGUUGAUGAAAGGUUCUCCGAUAUAAAUGGGCUUUGUGAUCUUUCCAAAAGAUUAGUUCAGACAAAGAAACAUUUUACUUAUCCUUUGGUAUUCCGUUUAGUGAAACUUGCUCUACUUCUACCAGUUGCCACUGCCUCCGUUGAAAGAGCUUUUUCGGCAAUGAAGUUUAUUAAGAAUGACUUGCGGAGCCAAAUGAGUGAUGAUUUUUUUAGUGGUUGUUUGGUGCCUUAUUUAGAAAAAGAUGUAUUUGAUAGUAUUUCUAAUGCUGCUAUUAUUAAGACAUUUCAAGAUAUGAAACCUCGUAGAAUACAAUUGUAUCUCAUGCAGGAGCUGGAUGGAGCAGUCAUCAAACAUAAGUUCAGAGAGGAGAACAAAGUGACGGACGCAAUGGCGAAGGAAGGAUCCAAAAGACUGCCAAAUUUUGAUAGAUCUAUUUUUGAUGUUCCUCCUUUGUUUGCAAUAGAACCACUGAUUAUAGACAAUCGAGGAUCUAUUGUUAGUCUACCAAUAUUCAACAAGAGAAAUCUGGACGAUGAGAGAACUGCUCAAUAA